AUCGUUCGUAGUGUAUGUAGGUAAUUUAUGUGUACUUGUACAUGUGUUACUUUUAGCUGUUGGAUUAGUUUAUUAUGCUUGGAAGGGUACUGUAUUCUCUGCGUAACUUUCCUUUUGUUGUUUGGAUUGUAUAUAAUUUUGAUGCCAUAACCCAUUUUCAUGUGUAUUUGUGUAGCGGCAGUUCGCUAUAUUUUUAUUCUGUUGUUGUGUAAAUAUCCUUGAUCAACUCUCUAUUUGCCACUGCAUGGCAAUAUUUUGCUUCUUGAGUCAUGCAUUAACGCAGGGAACCUUGCAUGGCUACUGUCUGUUGUAAUCAUUUUCUUCUAACUUAAAACUUUUGUCUCAUGUCGGCAGUUGAAGGCUAGUGCAGUGUUGAUAUAAUUUGGAGUCAGGUUUCUCUAAGCAACUCCCAACUUGUUGACGUUGUUUAAUUUGCUCUCAAGAAUUUAUGUAAAGAUUCCGGUAUGUCUUACACAAAUGCACAUUGUACAGACAGUAGCCUAGUUCAUUUGCUUACAGCUUGUGUACACAGUCUCAAAAGUUGUGGACAUUUACGCAAAAACAUUCUCUGAUAGUACUAGCAGCAGAGGUUGGUUUUUAGCUAUUGACUGUACUGGUGUGUGUGUGUGUGUGUGUGUGUGUGUGUGUGUGUGUGUGUGUGUGUGCGCGCGCGCGCGCGCGUUGGAUGUGAAUGGUGGUGCCCAGAGUUUGAGUUAAUACCAUUUCCAAUACUCUAUUGUUCCAUCGAUUAUCAUUAUUCCAUCUUUUGAGUAGCUUAAUUGCCACACCAGCAAGUGGGAAAAGCAUGGCUACAAGACUGGGACGUCGGACGAUGGCGUCUCUUGCAUCUUCUCUCACUUGUUCACCCACAAAGAGCAUCGACAAAGUCGUGGAAGAGGAUUCUCCUUUGGUACUUUGCUUCAUGGAAUGUCAGGUCACUCGUCGAUGUUGACUGCCCCAGAAACUGUGUACACCUGUAAGCGGUAUUUAAUUAGAAUCAAAGGAAGCUAUUCAGUACACAAAUGCAUUGAUAUGAAUGGAAAGACUUUUUUGUGACUUUGUCUUUGUCCUCACUGAAGGGGUAUGUACUAUGUCUGUGUAGGCGGAAGCGAUACAGGAGAAGGUGCUAUCUAAGGGAUGAUAGUGCGUGCAUACAAGGAAUUUGCAUGUGAAUAUGCACAAGGUUUCUCCACAUCAAGACUCUACUUUCUUACACACUGACCCUAUGAACAUAGUUGGGUUUUGGAUUCCAUUGGAAGAUGCAACAGAGGAAAACAGCUGUCUUUGGUUUAUCCCUGGUUCUCAUAAAAAUGGCAUCUCUAGAAGAUUUGUUAGAAAUCCCAUUGGGCCAUCUCCUCCAACAAUAAUGACUGGUUCAGACCCUGAAUUUGACAACCACAAAUUUGUAGCUGCUCCUGUUAUGAAAGGCUCUCUUGUUCUCAUACAUGGGGAGGUUGUUCACAGGAGUUAUGCUAAUAGAAGUAAGAAGUCUCGGCAUGUAUAUACAUUCCAUGUUGUCGAGACAGCUAAUACAACCUACAGCAAGGACAAUUGGUUGCAGCCAACUGAGGAAUUACCAUUUCCAUCGUUGUACUAAUUAAGCCAACAAUUGCAGCCAACUGAGGAAUUACCAUUUCCAUCGUUGUACUAAUUAAGCUAACAAUUGUCAAAUCAGUUUGUUGAAUUCAAUGAGACUGAAUGUAGCAAUACUCGAUAGCAAAUUUUGCGAUACACAGAAUUUGAUUGACCCUAAGUAUGCAUGCAUGUGUCUACAUAUGCAUCCUCUAAAUAUGAAAACACAUAUCUUCAAUAAAGUUGAUAUUCUAAGUUGA